AUGAUUCUGCCCGUGUUGUCGCCCGUGAUUUUGCCCGUGAUUCUGCCUGUGAUCCUGCCCGUGUUGCUGCCCGUUCCCGUGCCAUACUGCCCGUGCCCACCCGUGUCUCCCGUUGCUGCCCGUGUUCUACCCGCGCCCAGUGUCCCCCGUUCUGCCCGUGCUGCCUGUUCUGCCCGUGCAGCCCCGUUGUGCCUGUGUUGCCCCGUUCAGCCCUUGUCCUGCCCCGUUCUUCCUGUGCAGCCCCGUUGUCCCCGUGUUGCCCCGUUCUGCCCGUGUUGCCCCGUUCAGCCCGUGUUCUGCCCUGUUCAGCCCAUGUUGCCCCGUUCUGUCCGUGUUGCCCCGUUCAGCCCGUGUUCUGCCCUCCUGUGUCCUGCCUCGUUCUGCCCGUGUUGCCCCGUUCAGCCCGUGUCCUGCCCCGUUCUGCCCGUGUUGCCCUGUUCUGCCCGUGCUGCCCCGUUCUACCCGUUUGUGCCCUACCCGUGCUGUUCGUGCCCGUUGGUGCCCCACCCAUGCUGUCAGUUCUCGCUCGUGCCCCACCCGGUCUGUGCUGCCCGGUCUCGUGCUGCUCGUCACCCCCUCCCCUGCCCGUCGCGUCCCCUGCCCGUCGCGUCCCCUGCGCAUCGCGUCCCCUGCCCGUCGCAUCCCCUGCCUGUCGCGUCGCGCUGCCGUCCCAUCCCCUGCCCGUUGCGUCCCCUGCUCGUCGCGUCGCGCUGCCGUCCCGUCCCCUGCCCGUCACGUCCCCUGCCCGUCACGUCGCGUUGCCGUCCCGUCCCCCGUCCGUCGCGCCCCCGCUGCGCUCUGCCCAUCCGUGGCGCCCCGUGGGCCCUGCCCGUCCGUGGCGCCCCCGCUGCGCCCUGCUCGUCUGUUGCGCCCCGCGCGCCCUGCCCAUCCGUCGCGCCCCGUGCGCCCUGCCCGUUCGUCUCGCCCCGUGAGCUCUGUCCGUUUGCGCCUGUCGCGCCCGUCCCUGCCAGUUGCGUCCUGUCCUGA